GCAUUCACUUUGAAAUGAAAAAAGCUACUGAAGCAAACGCUAGCGAUGGCAAAGCUAUGAUCUUUCAUGUACUGUGUAAUCACGAACUCAGGCAGGAAACUGUUCAUGACUUUGUUUCCUACACAACCGAUGGCAACUGCAUUUCGUUGAUAGGCUCCAAGACGGAGGUAGUUACUCUCGAAUUGAAUUGCAAGUCGCGCCGUCAGCUGCCCUUUCCUUAUACCCUGGCCACCUGGAAGUGCAUAAACAAAAUACGACCAUUGGACCAGCUGGCGGAGCAGGUGAAUCUCCAGCAGAUCUAUGAAAGCGGCAAUGUUCUGGAGCAACAACACCUCAGCCUGGACUCCGUUUACACAACCAUUUGUGCACAGGAUGUGCCCGCACCCAAUCGCAUAGCCGCUAAAUUGGCCAACCACCUGCUGCCCGAUGGCAGAAUGCUGAUGGCCAGCUUGAACAGCUAUGGCGCACUGCAUUUGUUGAGUAAGCUUCCAGAGCAGCCUCUUUGGGUAUCCUACAAGAAGGGUAUCGAUGUGGCCGCCACGCUGCGGGAUACAUUGCAGCCACCGUAUGAAAUUCCAGCUGCAACGAUCAAGACAUUCCGACACUAUCAGGGCUAUAUGGAUCGCAGUUGGAUAACCAUGCUCGCUUGGCGUUCAGUACAAAGGGGGGAGAACUUUGAGCUCGUCCUGGGAACAGCUGCCGGCAGUAUAUGGACACUGACUUUAUGCAGCAAUGCAUCAACUCUGGUAGCCCAUUCCGAGUUGCAGACACUCCUGGGUCGCAUUUGUUUUAUGUACAUCUACGAGGAUCUGCUGCUUGUGAGCGACAACAAUGGCCUGGUGCAUCUCUACAGGUUCAGCGCUGCAGAAGGGGAGAGUCUCUGUCUGGUUAAGACUCUUUGGCUGCGCCCGGAUCGCCUCGGCCUGCAACAGGCUCUGAUUACACACUGUCCGACACGGGAUUGUUAUUAUAUAGCUUGUUGCAAGUCAGCGCACUUGCUCAUCUGGUGUAUGCCCAGAGAGACAAGUGGCCACUGGUUGGAGACCCGUCUACAUACAGGUGGCAUGAAGAUAACAGGUUUCUGCGAUGUGGGGAACAACAACUAUGCUUUGGUCACAGCACGCGGACAACUUUGCCUAGUCGAGCUCAGCCACAAGCCCGGCCAGCUGAGCACUAGCAUGCGCUCAAUCGAGGUAGACGACACGGAAAACGAACAGCCACUUGGGUUAUGGAGCAGUCCCAACAAAAACCUAAUUACCAUCCUCUCCACACGCAACAAAGAGUAUCUGUUCAAUAAGACAAUACGGCGUAAUAUCUUGCACAUCCGCGUGGGCAAAAUACAAGCAGGCAACGUGCUGGACAAGCUUACUCAAUGCAUCUUGCCCAGUGUAUCCAUGAACAGCUAUUUAGAUCUUUUGGUGGAAAUACGCCUGGAUAUCUUUCAAAGGCCCAAGCUGGAUGACUAUAUAGACUAUUCGCCAAUCGAAGGCUUCAACUUUGAUAAUGAUGCCACAGACGCACAACUGCAGCAGCUGCAGCUCAAGUACCACGUCCUCGAUACAUUAAUUUUAGCACAGCGUGACCAACGCAAUCAAUAUCUGCUCGAGCAAAUCGAGCACGAAUUUCAACUGCUAUUGAGCUUGAUUGAGCUGACGCAUAUACGUCUGCGUCUUCAGUACUUGAGCAAUCUGCAGGAGCUGACUGCAUUUCAGCGACAGUCAGCGCAAUGCCAAUUGGCGGCCAGUGAACGAAUUAGACUGCAGCUGAGGCAGCAACUGUUACGUGAGAAGGCAAAUAAUGUGGCUAUUAAGCACUUUGCUCAAGCUGAAAUGGAGGAGCACUUUGAGCUACUGCAGGUGAAGCUGAAUGUGCCAGAGAUAAUGCUCGAGGAUGCAGAACACCUGUGCGCGAUCUCCUAUAUGCAGCUAACUCCCUCGCUGGAACGUCACUACUGCACGCUCUGCGGACGCCAGGCUUUGAUGGAAAAACAGCUACUACUGGAGCUUUACGAACCCGGUAGCUCGCUGCUGUGUCCCUACUGCCAUGGUAGCUACGCCUUGGAGCUUUUGGAUGCAUAAACUUGAACAGUGCCUCUCUAAAUUUCAAUACCAAAUCAAUGCCGCAAGCUUCAAGCUGUUUUCUUUUUCCAAUUUUCUCGUUGAAUCUGUGCGGUUUGAUCAGGUGUCGAAAUCUAGAAUAUGCCCGUUAAAUUUUAUUCGAACGUAGAUUAUAAGUGCAUGUUUGUCUAGUUAAGCAACAUAACUUAAUACAGUGAAACAUAGAUAAUGGGACUGGUCUCGAGCAGCAGCAUAUCCUGCUCG